ACAAAAGUAAAAUUUUAACAUAAUUCAAAGUUUUUAGGUAGAUUUUCAAAUAAAAAUGAAUAAUAUUAUAUUUCUAGCAUUGUUUUUUUCUGUUUCAUUAUUGGGUAUCACAGUCAGAGCAUUUAAUCAACUGCAAGAAUUUAUCAAUUUUAAUAAAGUUAACGCAAUAGAUUCCCUCAUGAAAUGCUUUGGAAGGCAUAACAAUGAAUAUGAAAAUAUUGUUAACGAAAAAAAUAUAGAUGAAUUUAUUGAAAGAAUAACCAAAAUUUGUGAAAAUUUUUGCUCGCCUAAUAAAAAAGUAGUAUCAGAAUAUAAACAAGUUGAAGAUUUCCUGUGCAAUACAAUGGAUACGUCAUGUAAAAUAGUCACUAGACAAUGUUUUAAAAAUUUCCAUAAGGACCUAUUUUCUUUUUCGGACAGAACGUCAAAUUUUUUAGUAUGGAAAGUUUUGAAUGACCGUGAUAAAAAAUUAAUAAGAGAUACAGGAUCAAAAAUAAAAGUUGAUUUUGAAAAUGAAGAAACAUCAAUGUUACAAAAGUUGGCAUCAUUGCUAAAUUACUACCAAACCGAAAAUGACAAGAAUUGAAAAAUUAUCAACUCUGAACAUUAUAUUUUUAAUUUAUAAAACAUAUAAAAUAUAUAUUUCACACAUAAAUACAUUUUUAUGUACGUUUUAAAAAUAUCGAUUGAAAUAAAUUUUUUUGUUUUCGA